CGCACGCACGCACCACGCACUGGAAGAAGAAAAAAAAAAUCGCCUCCUCUCCCUGUCGUCUCCCGUGUCCCGUCUCUCUGCUGCGUGCCUGCGGGGACACUCCACCUCUCCACGAACCUCCUUGGAGCACCGAGCGGCAUGGCCAUGGCACCCGGACGCCACAUCUGACCAACCUAGUCCCUAGCCGAGGACGAGCCGCCGGCCGCAGCUGGACGCAGGCCACACCUUUUCCCUCGUCCCCCGACCAGGAGAGUAGGCGAUCCCCCCCCCCCUUCUCGUCCGCUCAAUUCAUCGGAGCUUGCGACGCGUCCGCCUAGCGGGAGCAGCAGCGUCCCCUGCGACAUGAAGCCCCCGACCGGCGGCAGCGGCAAGGGCGGCGCGGUGGACCCGUCGCUGCCGCGGUUCAAGUGCCAGGAGUGUCGCCGCGCGCUCGUCGUCGUCGGAGUCGAGUCCUACGCCGACAGGCUGCCCGCCCACGCCGCGUCCGGUAUGCAUGCAUCUUCUGUUCAGGGCAGUAUUAUGGGUGCAAGCAGGAUGGACAAUUCUUAUGUCGUGCUAUCCAGGCAGAACAAAUCUCAAGGUCCUGGGAUUCCCCCACGCCCGCCAAGUGCAGCAGCCCCACAUGUUGAACCUAAGCAAUCAACAAAAGCAAUAGAGGGGUCAUAUAUAAUGCUUCCACCUCCUGCUGCUUCCAUCUACAAGACAUCUGCCUCUGAAGGAGGUAGUGCACAGCUGCCGCCACCAAGUAUAAACUCCAGUAGUCCUUCGCCAGGAAAUAAUCCUGGAUUUCACUCUAGUGUUACUGUGUUAAAAAGGGCUUUUGAGAUUGCUAGCUCGCAAACUCAGGUUGAGCAACCACUUUGUCUGGAAUGUAUGAGAGUUCUUUCUGAUAAGAUGGAUAAGGAGAUUGAAGAUGCUAAUGCUGAUAUUAAAGCUUAUGAGGCUUGUCUUCAACGUUUGGAGCAGGAACCCUACAACAUCCUCAGUGAAACAGAUUUUCAGAAGGAGAAACAAAAGAUUGAGGAAGAAGAAAAGAAACUUAUUGCUGCUAUUGAAGAAGCUGAGAAGCUAUAUUCAGAAGUUAGUUCCGAGAUGAAAGAUCUUGAAAUAAAGUCUAAACAAUUUGAGGAUUUGGAAGAGCGGUAUUGGCAUGAAUUCAAUAGCUUUCAGUUUCAGUUGACAUCUCACCAGGAAGAAAGAGAUGCAGUUUUUGCCAAGAUAGAAGUUUCUCAGGUUCAUCUGGAACUAUUGAAGCGUACAAAUGUUCUCAAUGAUGCAUUCUAUAUUUCACAUGAUGGAGUAAUCGGUACAAUAAACAACUUCCGUCUCGGACGUCUUUCUAAUGUAGAUAAUGUACAGGUCGAGUGGGAUGAGAUAAAUGCUGCUUGGGGUCAGGCUGCACUUCUGUUGCAUACAAUGGCUCAGUAUUUCACCCCGAAAUUUCAAUACCGGAUCAAGAUUCACCCUAUGGGAAGCUAUCCAAGAGUCACGGACAUCAACAAUAAUACAUAUGAACUGUUUGGUCCUGUGAAUUUGUUCUGGAGCACCAGAUUUGACAAAGCCAUGACAUGGUUUCUGACUUGCCUGCAAGAGUUUGCUGAGUUUGCCAUAAGUUUGGAUAAAGAGAACAAUGUUCCACCUGAGAAGUCAUUGAAGCUCCCCUAUAAGAUUGAUGGUGACAAAGUAGGGAGCCAUACAAUCGUCCUAAGUUUUAAUAAGAACGAGAACUGGACGAAGGCACUAAAGUACAUGCUGUGCAAUCUGAAAUGGGUUCUCUACUGGUUCAUCGGCAAUACAAGUUUUGCACCACCCUUGGGGUCACUGCAGACACAAUCUGCGAAGAACAAGACCUGAUGUUGUGUUCACUUAAAUUGUAUUUAGUUUAAAUACAGGACCAAGUUACUGACCCUAGAAACUGAUUCUAGCCAUAGUUACAAUGACAACAUAUUUGAUGUAUUGCCUGGUGCUUGCAAUCCGCCGUUGUUCUGUGUGUGCCAUUGUGUAUGCGAAUUCCAUUUGCUUGCGCCAUUUGUGCAGGCAAAUUGGAACGGCAAUAAAUUUGUAAUACUGUGUUGUAUCCCCUCCGUGAAGUCCUUAAAUUCAAUUCAAAUUAUCAUUAUUCA